CCCACAUGCUGCAGAAGAGGAUGACAUCUUCAUUUCUAAGCCCAAGGAAGAGGACAGUGAGAGCACCAAUGAAGGAGUGCAGGAUGGCGAUGAGAAGGUGCAUGCCAGACUGCUCAGUAACAUGAGCAAGAUCAGCAAAAAGAACUUGAGUGCUGGAAAAAAGAAGCCACAUGCUAGACUGCUCAGUGAUGUGAGCAAGGUCAACAAGAACCUGCGUGCUGCGGAAGAAGAUGACAUCUUCAUCUCCAGGCCCAAGGGAGAGGACGGGGAGACCAGCGAUGAAGGGGGGGAUGAAGGAGAUGAGAAGGCACAUGUCAGACUGCUCAAUGACAUGAGUAAAAUCAGCAAGAAAAAGAACCAAGCGGCAAAACGAGAAGUUCGCACAACAGUUGGGACAGUAACAGAGGAAAUUAAGGCUGAGGAUCUCAUGAACCGCAUUGGAUCAUCACUUCUCAGCCAGACAAACAAAAAAUUCAAAACAACACAAAAACCUCUAGAGAAACAUGUUGCUCAGAGGGUGAAGCGAGCUGCAGGCUAUGAGGAUGUGGCAAUGGAAGUGAGCAAGUGGGCCAAGGUUGUAGAACUGCGCCGCGAAGCUGACACACUGAGUUUCCCCCUCAAGAAGAAAAACACUGAGUUUAGCACAGUGGACAAGGUCGAGCCACCAAAGUUGAAGACAGACUUGGAGCAUGAGGUUUAUUCCCUCCUUGAGGGAGCCAAGUUGGUUAAGAAGCAGGAAACAGAAAGGGAGAAAGCCAUUAAACAUGCCAUGUCCCUUGAGGAGGUGAAGGAGAGAAUGCGUGCCUUGUGGCGCGAAAAGGAAAUGAAGCACCGCUACGAAGAAAAGGCUCGUAGACAGAACCAGAGCAAGAGCAAGAAACACCACCGAAUCCUCCGUCGUGAGAAGUUGAGGAAGCAGAAGACAGAGCUACAGGAGCUGCACAAGAAGAACCCCGAUGCAGCUCUGGAGAAAUUGCAGGAGAUGGAGUUGUUGCGCAUCCAGGAGAGAAUGAGUCAACGCCAUAGGUCCUCCAAAUGGGCCAAGUUCCAAGGGCUACGAGCAACCAGAGACAAGGAGGCCAUGGCAGCACUACAGGAGAAUGCCAGGAUGCACAGAGAAUUGAAGAUGAAAAUAAACAAAGAGGAGGCCAGUGACAGUGAAAAUGAUAGUGGAUCUGAGCAACAAAAGGAGGAGGCCAUUGCUGCAGGAACAUAUGAUCCAAUGAAUCCCUGGACAGCCAGCCUAGCCAAGAAGCCACAGGCCAUGCAGGACAUGGAGGAGGGGGACACAAGCUUUACUGAGUUCAAGAAAUUUUGGGAUGAAGUGAACAGAAGGAAGAUAGAAGAAAAAAAAGCUCAGGCCAUUGUAGAGGCAAGAGAACAGAAAGAGAGGGAAGACCAGAGGGAAGAGGAGGCAAAGUGUGAGAAAAGUGAAGUGGAUAAAGAUGAAACAGAUAAGAACUCAGAGAAUGAGGAAGAUACUGAUCAGCUAAAAAGUAUUGACUACAUGUUUAGUAAAGCUGAAGUCAGCUUGAAAAAGAAAAUGAAAAAAGAGUUAAAGAAGCUAGGAAUUGAAAGUACAGAAGGUAAAGAGUGGACCAAAGUGAAGAAAAAGAAAGGUGCAAAGAUUAAAAACAAAAAGGCAGCUGUGGUAGAGGAAUUUGACUUUUCUUGUAAGAGUACUGAAAACAAGACUGAUGAGAGACUGGAACGAGUCAGGACCCUGGAGGAGGUAGAAGAGCUUGGGCAACAGGAGGAGGCCACAGACAGCAUUGAGCAGGCCUUUCAAACCCUGAGGAAGGGGGAGGUCAGUGGAAAGACCAAGGGUGUGAAGAAAAGUAAUGAGUCUUCGGGUGACAAGACACAGGAAACUAAGAAGAAGGUUGAAGUCGACCCCACAAAAUUUAUUCAGGUGAACACUGAGAGACUGCACACAGCAAUGCCAGACACCAUGACCACAGACAAUGAUGCCGUUGAUGAUAGUGAAGACGAUGAGAAUGCAGAGGAUGUCAUUCGUGAAGCUUUCGCCGACGACUACCUCAUCGAUGAAUUCAAAUCAGCAAAGGAGGCGGCCAUUGAGGAGUCAGAGCCAAAGGAGGUGAGCCUUGUCUUGCCUGGCUGGGGCGAGUGGACAGGCCCCAACAUGAAGGUGUCAGCUAGAAAGCGGAAAAUAUUCAGGAUACAAGCUGGAAAGAAGAUCCGCAAAUUUGAAUCUGUUGGCAAUGUUAUAUACAACGAGUCAGCAGAUGUUCAUCAGAAUUUACGAAAGGCAAUGGUAUCACAACUUCCAUAUCAGUUUACAUCAGUAAAAGAUUUUGAAGCUUCAGUUAGAGCUCCCGUUGGCAGAACAUUUGUUCCAGAGGCAGUGCACAAAAAGCUGACAGCUCCUGCUGUCACAACCAAGAAGGGAACUAUAAUUGAACCCAUGACAGAAAAUGAGCUUCUUGCUUUAAGAAAGGAAAUCAGUGUCAAAAAAUGAGCCUGUGACUAAAACUAAGCUUUGUUGGCCUACAAGAAAAGAACAGUAGAAAAAUGAAGAAACAGAUGGUAAAGAAAAGUGUCAGAAAAAGUAGAAAUGGAAGAGAAGAGUAAAGGAAGAAACAGAAGGGAGAAAGAUAGAAAUUCUCCAAAUCCCACAUUCAUUUCUGACUAAUGUUGAUAUGGAAUACUGUUGAUAAGUUAAUGAUUUAUGCUGUUGGUAAUUCUGUUAUGUUUUUUCUUGUUAUAUACUGUAUUACUGCAUAGGCCAUGGACUUCAAUGGUUAUGUAUAUUUCCUUGGAAAUAGUAAAAGAUUUGAAAUGUG